CGAAAUCUACAUUGACACCGUUUCAAAAUUUGCAGAAAUUCACUUGGAAAACCAAUAUUAAAUUGUAGGUUACAGAUGUCAGAAGAUAGUCAGUAUGUCAGAUGAGGAGAAACCAUUUGCUUGUUCACAACCUGGUUGUGGAAUGCAAUUUACCAAUGAAGACCAUUUGGCAGUACAUAUGAGGAAACAUGACAUGUCAUUAGCGUUGAACUUAGCACAAGGGGGUUUGUCCCCCCUAGGACUUUUCACUGAUCAGACUCCAACACCUACUAAAUUCCUGAAGAAUUGUGAAGAACUUGGACUUUUCUCAGAACUUAGUAAAAACCCAUUUGAUUAUUCUUUCAAAAAGGCUAUGGAUGAUCCAAUGGAGCAUGGUUUGGACCUACCAGGUACGGACAAUGCCGAUCUGGACACGCCCCAGCCACAAAUACCAAAGAUUGUGAUUGGUGGAGAAGAGCAUCGUGAGAAUAGAAGACUGCAAGACAAACCAAAAGACCUCUCCAUGUCAUCCAUUGUACCAAAGAAGAGAAAGAAGUUCCUCACUCAGAGUAUGCCAACUUCAACAACUUCUGAAGAUGAAGAGGAAGCUGUGAUUGGUUCCUCGUCAACAGAGUUACAUAGUUCUAGUGAAAAUAUUGUUUCAAAUAGUGUACCAGUCGAAGUUAGUAGCAGUAUAUCAAUCCAGUCUCCACAGAAUGUUAUACAUAUAGCUGAACCUUUGCAGUCGCCACCGAAUGGAACCGGAAUCACUGAAAGUUUUCAGUCACCGCAGCAUGUCAACGAUAUGGUAGACAGUUUCCAGUCAUCUCAGAUCGUGCCCCAGCUAGCUGAAAGCUCUCCGACCAAUGUCAAUGAUCAGAUAUUUUCUCCACAGUCUGUGAGCAGCUCGGGUGAUUCUGCCUUAAUAAUCAAUGAGAAUGCAGUUACCAAUUCAUCACCAGUCAUUCCCAGUUCAAGUCCAGGCAGUAUCAACCUUACCAGUGUACCAGUUUCAACUGUAUCUGUCCAGCAAAAACCUGCUGCACCAAUGAUGGUUCAAGUCUUGCUACAGUUACCAGGUGGUCAGGUUGUGCCAAUUCAAGUCCCAGCUUCAAAUGUGGCCUCAAACCAACCAGUGGUGCCUAAACCUCAACCUCAGCCACAACAGAUCCAGCUAGUGAAGCCUGCCGUUCAGCCACAGCCUGCAGUAGCCAACUUUACGCAAAAUUCUCAAACCAUGUUCUUGGCAGGAAACACUUUGUUCCAAACAGGCCCAAAUGUUCAAACAGUGACACCUGGUGGACUUAUUCAAAAUACUGUCAACACUGUGCCAUUUACUGUGAAAUCUCCACAGCAGCAGACAACAACUGCACAGACUGGUUUACAAAAUAUAUUGAACCAGUCUGCCAAUAAUUCAGUAUUACAGUCUGUGCUUAAUCAGGCUGCAACACAGUCUGCCUUGAGAACAAUUUUAGUGUCAAAUAAGCAGCAGACUGGCCUGCAAUCAGCAGCUACUACACAGAUGCAGACAGCCCAGCUUCUACAAAAUGCCAUAACUCAAAACCAGGCAACUCCAAAACCUCAACAAAAAGUGGCAAUACCAGGGAGUCAGUCUUACACAAAACAGAGAUUAAAAGCAGCUAUUCAACAGCAGACAACACCUGGCAGUCAGAAAAUAUUCCAGGGAGCAGAAGUUAAAAAUGAGCCUCAAUGGUCGCCAGGUACCAAUGUGUCUUCUCCAGAGACUGGUUCCUCUCCUGGGACAUCAUCAAUGACAUAUGAGCAAAUGAUGGGUGAUCAAACAUCUGAUAACAAUGAUGCUGACGUGAAGAGGGAGAAAUUUCUAGAAAGAAACAGGGCUGCUGCAGCUAGAUGUAGACAGAAGAGGAAACAUUGGGUACAAACACUGGAAUCAAAAGCUGACAAUCUCUCCAAUAUCAAUAAUAAACUAUGUGGAGAAAUCAAGAAACUGCGUGGAGAAGUAGCAAGUUUAAAAACCAUGUUGCUGGCACAUAAAGAAUGUCCUGUUACUAUGCAACAGAGAGCACAAGGUCAAUUAGGAACAGACACACUUUCAUUGGGUAGUGAUUUAAAUGAUAUUACACCAAUAGACAUUGGAGACUGCACAGAAACUGAGACUGUGUCUGACGAUUCUGCUGUACAUAAUCAUCUUUCUACAAUAACAUCAGGGGACCAGCCUAUUACAUCACUUCCUGUUGGACUGGGUAUGCUUCAGAGUAUUGUGCAAGGGGACCAAGUUAUGUUAAAACCAGUCAGUGUAAUAACAGGGGCGAAUUCUCUUGGAUUAAUCCCGAAAAUAGUGAAUCUGGACCAGAGUAUCCAGAAAACCAGUUCAGGUUCUUGAUAAGAUGUUCCGGCUCACAAAUAUGUGGCCUUAAGUUAUUUAUAAUCAUCAACUUGCUAGAGGUUGAAUCUCUUGCAAGUUUCUUGUGAUCACGCUAUGUCUGUUGAAAUUCUUUACAUAUUUGUAGAUUUAUCUUAAAUUAAGAAAUGCAUGUCAUCCUGUUGUUUUAAAUUUCUUGUUCAAAUUUCUAGGAAAUAUGUUUGCUUAAAACUGGCACUUGUUGAAAGUUAUUUAUUUUGUUCCACCAAGCAGUCUAUGUUUAUCAUCUACAGACUCAAGGUGAACUUUAAUUAACCUGGCCUUAGCACCAGGUUUUCCCAAUCUCUCGAAACUAUCAAUUUUCACAUCAGAACACUUAGUUAUUUUAAAUAUUUCCCUAAGGUUCUUUGCAUCAGUUUCCUUUUUAUUUUCUCCUGAUUCAGGCACAUACAUUAUGGACAAUGAUGUUACAUUUUCCUUGCUCUCUUUCCCUGAACUCCACUAUUGCAUUCUCCACCCUUAAAUCUACAAUUUUUCAAUAUUAUCUUUUAAUGCAUCAACUUCCUUCUCACAUUCAAGGAUUUUACUAUUUUGUUUACUAAGGGUUGAUCCCAGUUCUGCAAGUUUUGGU